AUGGCCUCAGGGAAGAAUCGCACUGGUGGAAGAGGUUGCAGUGCCCAGCUGCUGCUCCUGGCCCUCAGCCACAGACUCCAGACCCCAGAGCUGAGCCAGCAGAACUGGCCACAUGGGUUGUCUCCACCACACCAGCCAAAGAGGCUAGCCUGGCCAGGACUGACAAGGCAUGAGACACUUCAAGAGACAGCUCUGCGCAGCAAGUUGUCCCAGCUAAUAGAAGUUACUUCCUGGCUUGUACAAAUAGAACAGAUGCUCCUGCUUCCUGUCCUACAGCAGCAUCCUCUUUCUUUCCACCCAAAAGAUAGCAUAGAGUUUAGAAACAUCUGUAGUUGUAUGGCUUUACGCAGAGAGGGACAACAAUUUGAGAGAAACUUACAUGAAUACCACCAGUGUCUGAAGACCAUCAUUGAGAAACUCAUUUGUUCAUUGGCAGUGGUCCCCUCAGAUUCUUAUACCCUCAUCCGAUCAGCUCUGAGGCAAAUCCUGCAAAAUCUCCUGGGCAAUGUGAAACAGCAAGGCUCCUUGGCCAAGGAACAAGCAAAGCAGAUGAGCUGUAAUAGAUCUAUAAAAACAAGAGAUAACUGGAAAGGUGAAUCUUGGAGGUUUUACUGA